AUGUGGGAUCUGAGGAAAAAAGAUAUAAACGCGAGGAUUACGAUUCUUUCAUGGGAUGAUAAUUCUUGGGAAAUACCGUUUGAUGAUCAGAACACAGAUAUUGACUGGUCUAAUAGUCCAUUAAAUCCAAUCAAACAAUUAACUACGAAGAAAAUUUUGCGGCAAAAAGGUUUUGAUGCAAUUAGGAGAGAUUUUAAAAUGCGAUAUAAUGAUAUGGUCGAAAAAAAAAGGGAUGAUAGAAUUGCCUUUAAACCCCUUUUUUCGACUGAAAAAAUAAAUGAAGAUCCUCCUUUUGAACUAAAUUAUGCUUUUUCCUUCAUGCAUGGUCGUAAAUCUUUUUUUUUUGGUUUUUCAAGCUUUCACAAAAGUGGAAUACGAACAUAA